AUGGAUAUAUAAAUGAGGCCAUGUCGCUGCUUGAGGUCCGGCAAGAAACAAGGUCCUCAAUUCGCUCUAGAUUCCUGUUCAUUUUGUCAUUCUUUUGAAGAUGCAGUCACUCUCUUUUGUUGCGGUUCUCUCGUUUGCCUGCUCGGCUUAUGCGACAGUCGCGUCGACAUCCUAUGCGCUCCCUACCUACGCCCCGACCUUGCUUCGGAACGCCAACGCUCCUUUCGAAGCCGGAACGCUUAAUGCCUCUCUCACGACCAGCAGCGUCACGGAUCUUGGCAAUCUAAGUGAUCCGUCUACUCCCUAUACGAUGUACCGUGACGGCGGUGGAGCUUGUCUCUUGAACAACGAGCUCAUUUGGUUCUUCUGCGACACGGAAAUCAGAGGCUACGAGAACGAAGUCACGGCGUUUGUCUCCAACACUGCUGCUGUUGCUGUCAAUCCUGACAAGACCGGACAUGUCUACGACAUCAAUUGGUCAGACACCGACGGCCUCUCGCAUAUCAUUCCUUUCACCUCCGAGGAAGCUCUCUAUGCCAACGACUCCAGCUCCCGGUACGCACUCUGGACUUACACCAACUGCGUCCCGACCUCUGGAGCGCGCGCGGUACACAUCUGGGAGAUCGUGAAGUUCGACAGUGAGACCGAGUACCAUACCGCCGGCUCGACUAUGGUCACCUACGAUCUGGACCAGAGCACCAACGUCCUCACAGUCACCCGUGACGCGCAGUACCUCACCACCGAAGACGAGUACGCUUUCGGCGCCUUCUCCAGCAUUCGUGCGGGCGAUUACGUCUACCUGUUUGCUCUCGACCACACCUACUCCAGCAGCAAGGACGUUCACCUUGCCCGUGCGCCUCUUAUCUCUGUUGCUGAUACCAGCACCUGGGAGUACUACGAUGCCUCGGACUCCACCUGGUCCGACACCAAGCCGGAGAUGACUGAACGCCGCCAGUCCAGUGCAGUCAUCAGCACUUCGGAGAAGAUUUCGUCCGGAAACAUCGUCUUCUCGGAUUACCACGACCAGUACCUCCUCGUGUUCUUCAACCAGUACGCCGACAACAAGGCCCGUGUGCUCACCGCGCCGUCGCCUGUCGGUCCCUGGACCACCGACAAUACUGUGAUGUGGACCUCCGAGUCUGGAUCGGCUUACAACUACGGCAUUCUCACUCUGCCGGCAAACUAUGACGCCGGGUCUCAGGUUGGAGAGAAUUUGCUCGUGGGUUUCUCUUACCAGACCGAUGAUGGAGCUUACCCCAAGAUUUCCAGACUUACAUUCUAGUCGUAAGGAUGUUGAUGAAUUUUAUUUGAUGAUGUGAUGUUUUAUGAAUGAAGUAUAGAUGUAUAGAAUGAUUGAUGUUAACGAGUGUAAUGUGGGGAGUUUUUUGUAAUAGACUUUGAUUGUAAUAGACUUUGAUUGUAAUAGACUUGAUAUAAUAGAAAAUUAGAA